CAUACAAAGAAAAGCCCGUUUGAAUAAACAAAAACCUAGGGUUUUAUUCAGAGACGACGAUAUAAAACCCUAAUUUGUCGUCCCCUACUCUUCUUUCUCUAAUCUCUCUCCUACAUUUCUGAAAUACUCAAGAACCCUAAUUCCUCUUCGGAGCUUAGGAGAAGAAAUGGCGACAGUACCAGGAGCUUUGAUUUGGGAGAUAGUGAAGAAGAAUAACUGUUUUUUGGUAAAGGAAUUUGGUAAUGGAAGUGCUAAGGUUCAAUUUAGCAAGGAAAGUAACAACCUUUACAACACCCAUUCCUACAAAUAUUCUGGGAUCGCAAACCCCAAGACUGUAGCUGUCCAACCAGCAGGCAAAGAUUCUGUUGUCCUCACUACAACUAAGACUAGGAAGCAGAACAAGCCCGCCAGUCUACAACACAAGUCUGUUAUGAAGAAGGACUUCCGCAGGAUGGUCAAGGCUGUCGAGAACCAGGUCGGUGAUAAUUACUACAGGCCUGACUUGAAGCAAGCAGCCCUAGCUAGGUUGAGCAUCGUGAACAGGAGUCUCCAAGUUGCCAAAUCCGGUGUGAAGAAGAGGAACAGGCAGCCACCUAAGUUCCGCGGCAGGAAGUGAAUUAGGUGUUGAAAUUUUGUCAUACUCUCCAGUAGUAGUGUGUUCUGGACGACUCUUCUAUCUGAAUUUAUAUCCUACUCUUUUUGUAGUUUUUGUUGGAUUUGAGACAGUAUUAUUUUCAGUUUAUGAGAAAUAGACGGCUUGGUUUC